AUGUCUUUCGCUGGUUUCCUUGACAUUGCGAGGAAAGAUGUAGAGCUGUUGGAAAGUUGUCCCAAAAAGCUAUUGACUAGCUUACACUCGGACUUCAUAUACAAGUUCGAAAGCAACAAAGAGUCACCUGAAUAUGUAAUGGCCGAGCCUCUACGUACUAGCGGAAUCUAUUGGUGUUGCAGUGCAAUGGAUGUCAUGGGCCAACUCGACCGUAUGUCAGCUGAUGAUAUUGUACAGUAUGUUCGUAGUUGCCAAUGCGAAGACGGUGGAUUCGCACCGGCUCCAGGACAUAAAAGCCAUUUACUUCACACUCUUGCUGCUGUGCAGACUCUUAUAAUAUUUGAUAAACUCGAUCUGUUAGAUUUCGAUAAAGUUGAAUCGUUUGUUCUGAACUUGGAAAACGAGGAUGGUAGUUUCUGCGGUGAUACAUCAAGUGAGAUCGACACGCGUUUCUCGUUUGUUGCUGUAGCAACCCUACACCUUCUCAACCGUCUACAAAACUAUAACUUCAAAAAGAGCUUGAAGUAUGUGCUCAGCUGUUACAACUUCGAUGGUGGAUUUGGUACACGGCCAGGAUCUGAAAGUCAUUCGGGACAGGUGUAUUGCUGCUUGGGUUUUCUUUCUGUCACUAACAACUUGGACGCAAUAGAUGUUAACCGCACCGCAGAGUGGCUAGCUCAUCGACAAUGUGCCAGUGGUGGUCUUAAUGGACGUCCGGAAAAACUGCCAGAUGUUUGUUAUUCUUGGUGGGUACUUGCAUCUUUGGCUAUGUUGCGGAAACUUCAUUGGGUGGAUAAGGAAAUGAUGAUUAAGUUCAUAUAUGCCUGUCAAGAUGACGAAACAGGUGGUUUCGCAGAUAGACCAGGAGACUGUGCAGAUCCUUUCCAUACCCACUUUGGUUUGGCGGCAUUAUCGUUACUUGGCGAGAAUGAGGAACUAAAACCUGUCGAUGCUGUGUUCUGUAUGACUAAAUCCUGCUUGAAAGAGAAGAGUUUGAUCUAA